AUGGUCGCGGUGCAGAUGACCCCCAACUCGUCUCCGUCGGCGGAGUGGAUCUGCUGUCUGGAUAAAAGGCCCUCUGAGCGCUCAGGAGAGGAUGUGGAUAUUAUCCUGACCAGAUUGAGAGAGGUCAAAGCCUUCCAUCGGUUCCCACCUCCGCUCUUACUGCAGAUCUGUGCCGGUGCCUUUUAUGAAUGCCUGGAGAAAGGCAUCACGUUGUUCCGACAGGGAGACAUCGGCACCAGCUGGUAUGCGGUCCUGUCUGGCUCUCUGGAUGUCAAAGUGUCAGAAACUGCCAACCACCAGGAUGCAGUCACUAUCUGUUCUCUCGGGAUUGGGACAGCGUUCGGGGAGUCCAUCCUGGACAACACGCCACGCCACGCUACGAUCGUCAGCAGAGAGACCAGCGAGCUGCUCCGUAUUGAACAGAGGGAAUUCAAGAGCCUCUGGGAGAAGUAUCGUCAGAGUUUGGCUGGACUGUUGGCCCCUCCUUAUGGAGCUAUGGAGAGUGGAUCCAACAAUGACAGACUCACUGACAAAGACAACAUGAACUCAGACUCUGCAAACAAAGCUCACAACAAGAUCCCGUCAGAGAAGCUACAGAGAGCGGGGAAGGUUCUCCGUAACGCCAUCUUGUCCCGAGCCCCACACAUGAUUCGAGACAGGAAGUACCACCUCAAGACAUACAGACAAUGCUGUGUAGGCACAGAGCUGGUGGAUUGGUUGGUGCUGCAGAGUGCCUGUGUUCUUACACGGUCCCAUGCUGUUGGCAUGUGGCAGGCACUUCUAGAAGAAGGGGUGCUCAACCACGUGGACCAGGAGCUGGGCUUCCAGGACAAGUAUCUGUUCUACCGUUUUCUUGACGAUGAGGAGGAGGACACACCGUUGCCUAGUGAGGAGGAGAAGAGGGAGAGCGAGGAAGAGCUGCCAGAGACCAUCCUCCUCCUCGCUCAGAUUGGCCCUGACGCACUGCUGCGCAUGAUCCUCAGGAAAUCGCCUGGUCAGAGGACAGGGGACGACCUAGAGAUCAUCUACGAUGAGCUGCUUCACAUCAAAGCCUUGGCUCACCUCUCUAACACUGUGAAGAGGGAACUGGCGAGCGUCGUGAUCUUCGAGUCGCAUGCAAAAGCUGGAACCGUGUUGUUCAACCAAGGAGAGGAGGGCACGUCAUGGUACAUCAUCCAGAAGGGCUCUGUCAAUGUGGUUAUCUAUGGCAAGGGUGUGGUGUGUACGCUCCACGAGGGUGAUGACUUUGGGAAGUUGGCCCUGGUUACAGAUUCACCUCGUGCUGCCUCCAUUGUGCUGAGAGAGGACAACUGUCACUUCCUUCGUGUGGACAAGGAAGACUUCAACAGGAUCCUCAGGGAUGUGGAAGCCAACACAGUGCGGUUGAAAGAGCAUGAACAAGCGGUGCUGGUGUUAGAAAAGAGUCCUCGCGCCUCCACCCUGGGAAGCAUCAAGUACACUGUGAUAUCUGGAACACCAGAGAAAAUUCUCGAGCACUUCCUGGAGGCCAUGAGGAUGGACAUACAUCACAAUGAACCAGACCCAGCAGUGGAUGAUUUUGUCCUCAUGCACGGUAUCUUCAUGCCCAACAGCCGGCUGUGUCCUCUACUCAUGGCACACUACCAUGCGACAUCUCCACCCGGUUCUGAACAGGAGAGGUUGGAAUAUGCGCUCAACAGUAAGAGGAGGGCCCUCAUUCUGACCCUGCGCUGGGCUAGCACACAUACAUACCUGCUCCAGGAGGAGCCUGCUGCAAUCUCUUUCCUUGAGGAGUUGUAUGGGAGUUUAUCAAAUGAUUCUCGGAUUUUGAGAGCUUUGAAAGACUUGGUUCCUGACCUUGAGAAAGUCGUCAAAUUACAUUCGGAAGAAGCUAAAUCUUUAAAAAAGAAAACUCUAAUACGACAGUUCAGCAAUGGGGAGGAAAGGCUGCAGAAGAAGCAGCCGAUCAGGAAUCACGAUGACAUCCUGUUGAAGGUGUACUGUGGUGAUCACACAUACACCACUAUCCGGGUCUCCGUGGCAGCGACUGGAAGAGAAGUGAUCAGUGCCGUGGCCGACAAACUUGGCACCACUGAUGAGCUUGUGUUGGUCCACCUCAGCUCUGCAUGCGAAAAACAAAUCCUGAAGUCCAAUGAUGUUUCAGUGUUUUCUGCUCUGAGCACCAAUGGGCGAUUGUUUGCCUGUCCUCGGGACCAGCUCAGCAGUCUGACUCCUCUUCCAGAACAGGAAGGUCCCUCUGCAGGCUCCAUGUCAACGUUUGAGCUGAUGAGCUCUAAGGACCUGGCUUACCAAAUGACCUUGUACGACUGGGAGCUCUUCAGCUGUGUGCAUGAGCAUGAGCUGCUCUACCACACGUUUGGCCGGCAGAGCUUCAAAAGAACCACGGCUAAUCUGGACCUGUUUCUGCGGAGGUUCAACCACGUUCAGCUGUGGGUGGUCACCGAGGUGUGCCUCUGCUCACAGCUCAGCAAGAGAGUCCAGCUCCUCAAGAAGUUCAUCAAGAUAGCAGCACACUGUCGGGAGUUUAAGAACCUCAAUUCAUUCUUUGCCAUCAUUAUGGGGAUGAGCAACCCUGCUGUCAGCAGAUUGAGCCAGACGUGGGAGAAACUCCCCACCAAGUUUAAGAAGUUCUAUGCUGAGUUUGAGAGUAUGAUGGACCCAUCAAGAAACCACCGCUCCUACCGACUCACUGUCACCAAACUGGAAGCACCAAUCAUCCCCUUCAUGCCCCUCCUUCUCAAAGACAUGACAUUCACACAUGAGGGCAACAAGACCUUCAUUGACAAUAUGGUCAAUUUUGAGAAAAUGCGUAUUAUAGCUAACACAAUUCGGCAAGUGAGGCACUGUAGAAGCCAACCGUUCAAUCCAGAGAUAUGCCAACCGAACAAAAAUCAAGCAGACGUACGGAGUUACGUGAGGAAGCUCUGCGUGAUUGACAACCAGAGGGCCCUGACGCAGCUCUCCUACAGGAUGGAGCCUCGGCGGACAUGA